AAAUUCAUGUGAAUAUCUGCUUUAAUUUGUGCAAUUGUCUGUACGAUUAAAGAAGUGUCAAUUUGUAUUUGGAUGUACUUAACAUGCUUUAUAUAUAGAUUCUGAAGACAUUGCAGUGCCAGCACAUUUUUGCAAUGUAGGACUCUGGAUUUGAUUGAAAGUUACAUAUACGGAAUCUACUAAUUAACUCUAUGACUGUAAUUAAAUAAAUCCAGGAUGCAGGACAAAAUAGUGUCGUGUUUUGGGACGGGGUGUGAUGAGAGAUUUCAGUGUUAUCAGUCAGCGGAGGACGCGAAGAAAGCCAAGCACAGGAACAAACAGAUCAGCAAACUUCUGAAACAGCAUCACAAAGAGGAACUCAAACGACUUAAAAUACUGCUCCUAGGCACUGGUGAGUCAGGAAAAAGCACCAUUUCAAAGCAAAUGAGAAUCAUUCACAUCAAUGGAUUCACAAUGAGAGAACGACUGGAAAAAAUAUGUGAUAUCAGAAAAAACAUCAAAGAAUCUAUUGUGGUGUUGCUUUUGGCAAUGCAUCAACUCGACAUUCCAUUGGAAAAUGAAGAAAGUCAAGGAAGCCGGGACUUUAUUUUGAGGGAGGCUGGCAACCCCGACCUUCACAGAACAAGUGAAUUCCUGGACCACACAGAGACGCUGUGGGCGGAUACAGGGGUACAGACCUGUUACAGUCGAUCACACGAGUUCCAGCUGAUCGACUGUGCUAAAUAUUUCCUGGAUAAACUCCAUGAAAUCAAAAGUCCCGCUUACGUUCCCUCAGACCAGGAUAUUUUGAGGUGCCGCUGUGUCACCACCUCUAUUCAGCACAUCGAGUUUGAGGUCCCAGAUGGAGGGAACCAAAUUAAAUUUAAUGUGUACGAUGUCGGUGGACAGCAAGGAGAACGCAAGAAGUGGAUCCAAGUGUUUGAUAGUGUGACCGCCAUUCUUUUCGUUGUGGACUGUAGCAGUUUCGAUCAAACACUUCGUGAGGAUCCAACUAAAAAUAGACUUUUAGAAGCUUUGGAGAACUUUGACCAAGUUUGGAACAAUAGAUUUCUUCGAUACGUGUCUGUGCUUCUUUUCAUCAACAAAAUUGACAUUUUAGCUGAAAAGAUUGCCAGAAGACGCGAUAUCUCAGAACUCACGAAAAAGUACCCCGAUAUCUUCCCAGAUUUCGACAAAUUUAAUCCCUCAAAUGCCGAAAAACUGCAGUUCCUAGAAGCUUUUCCAUCCACCGAUUCCGAGCCAAGGAAAAAAUCCCGCACAACGUCUCGUCCCGAUGUCCAUCCCGAUACCGUUAAAACAGCUGUCUACAUUAAACAUCUAUUUAUGAAAAUCGUGAAAGGAGAACUCAACCUGAAAAAAAGAAUUUCAAAGCAGGAAAGAAACUGGCACGAUGAACAUAGCUGUGAAUAUUUCUACACAUGCGCAAUUGACACAAAUAAUGUUCAGCGUGUGAUGAAUGGCUGCCGAACACUCAUUAUACAAAAUCACCUGAGAAGAUUCGGUAUUAUUUGAUUUACAUUAUACGUUACAUUUCAGAUGAAACUGGUAUCAAUUCUUCCGACUUUGUGAUAAUAACUCUAGUCAGACGGUGAAAUUGUGACUGUCCUGCCAAUACUCAGACAGCUUGUUCCAGAGGAGGUUUUAUAUACGGCGGAAAUGACGUUAUUAUGACGUAAUUUGCGUCAUCAAUAUACCCAGAUUUAUGUAUAUCUCAUGAGAUCCUGUCUUACGGAGACUGAGAACUAUUUCAAUAUGUCUCCUCUUCCGUUUAUAUUUUACUAUAUUAAUAUUUUAACAGUGAUAAUAUAUAUAUUAUAAGAGUCUUUCUAUAUCCAUACACGUAUGUACAUGUAUACAGUGUAAAUAUAAUUGGUUUUCAGAUGAUUAUUUUCAGACAUUUUAUGAUCAUGUUACGCUGUUUUAAUAAAAUAAUAAAAUAUU